CACAAAUUCGGCGGAAGAUUGUUCCAGAGGUGGUAGCUUUGCACUUGAAAACAGUUUACGGGAACUUCAACACUUAUAAAUGGGGCCAGCAGUUUCAUUUGAUGCGCUCUUGUCCUGCCAAAAAGAAUGGGCGAGUGGCAGGGCGCAUCUUGCGGCCACGCGCCGGGCAAUGCUUUCUACGCCGGAAACGACAGAGGCCCAGUGUACGUGGGCAGGGCGCAUCACAAGUGCGACCUGCUGCCCGGCAAAGUGUGCAGAGGCAAAGCCUAUUUCCCGUACGGGGGCGAAGAGAUCACGAAGAUCGACUACGAGGUGCUGGUCGGCAGUAACUACUCCUGGGUGGGCCACCAUCCCAGCGCCCCGCUACCGGGCAACGUCGUCCAUGGAGGCCACACGUCCAGCGGCGAAACCCUCUACGUCGCCAAAGUCAGCCGCGACGGCGUUGACGUUGUGGGAAAGGUCCAUCUCUCGCACGGAAGGGCCUACUUACCCUUCGACGGAAAGGAGCACGGCUAUGAAAACUACAAUAUUCUGGUGAAAAAUUAAAUGCAAAGGACUGCAUCUCCUAAACACUCAGUCAAUAUAAAACACUGUUUGUUUGGAUGAAAUAAAAUUGGAUUAUUCAAUUAUAA